AUGCAGUACCGGCUUGAUGCGAAGCUUGCCCAAGCCCUGAAGCGAAUCUGCACCCCAAAGCCACGAACUGGACGAUUGGAUGUGAACCCGGACAUCUACAAGCAGUGGAAAGCAGGUGGUGAGCAGCGCAAGCUUCUUACCAAAAUGCUUGCUUCUUGCGAGGGCAAGAAGGCUGAGUUCUUGAAGAAGGUCGAGCAUUGGCGCACAAGCCAGCGCCGCAACAAGAUUACGAUUACGUCUGGAUUCUACAGCAAGAAGCAAAUGAAGGAAACCCUUCUUUGGGAUAAGCGUGACAAGUAUCAGCCGAAGAUUAUGCUCUUCUGGGUAGACGUCCAGACUACUGGUGUGCGAGAAAAGGAAACGGCUGAAGGAAUCAAUGAGAACACCUAUAUUGAAGGUGAGGCAGCGGAUGACUUCGAUUUUGGGGGCAUGGACAUGCAGGGCUUGGAGGAUUCCAUGUCUGACCAGGGCAUGGGUCCUGAUGAUGAUGAUGAUGAUGAUGCUGGAGAUGAGGAUGGUUCAUCGCGGAAGAAGAAGGGCAAGGGCAAAGGUGGUUCGCUACAGCGUGAAGUGGCUUUGGAGGCUGCCGAGAACCUGGGCGAGGUGAUUGCCAACACCCUGCGGCAUGUGAAGACAAUGGACAACCACCUCAACAGCAUUAUGUCCCUCCAUGAUCAGCUGGCCGACCUCAAGGCGGAUAUCGAUGGAUGUCGUACGGAGCCACCUCAGGAGAAGCUAAAGAAGAUCCAGGAGUGUGUGCACCAGGUGGAAACCAGGUGUGCGCGUGCCGUGAUGGAGGAUACGAAGCUGAAGCGGACUGUGCUGAAGCGACAGUCGUCUGGCGGCAACGAUGGUUCGGCGAAGCCUGAGAAGAGCGCUGGCCACCCCAAGUCGGGGAGCAAGAAGGUCAUGGUAAAGGUCCAUCAGCGAGAUCCAAAUCCACGUUUGGUCCUGCUGCUCAAGAAGUGGAAACUGGAUCCUCACCAUGUGGUUUUUCGGGCCCACUCCGAGAGGCUUGAUUCGUGCAUACCUAUCUUCAUCCACUGCGACGAGGGCACCAGUGUUAAGAAGAAGGGUCUCAUGAUUAUUCAGUGGCAGCCGUUGUUAGGAUAUGGCUCCUCUCGGGAAAGCAACGAUGUCAACUACAUAGGCCCAAGUGUGAUGACCAGGUUUUUAUACAGCUGCAUACUGGCUGUAGCCUAUGGUGGCAAGCACAAGAACAAACCGCUACUGGAGCUGACCCGCCAUCUUGCUAUGGAGUUUCGAUCUUUGUUUCAUUCCGGUAUUGAUGUCAAGCUGCCAUCAGGCGAACAUCAGAAAUUGUUCCCGGUUGUGAUGGGGAUCAAGGGAGACUGGGGAGGGCUUGCCAAGGUUGGCACGCUAACACGCAGCUACACAAGGGAUGCCCCAACCAAACCAUAUGGAAUUGGGAUCUGCCAUUUAUGCAUGGCUGGAACCGAAUCCCAUCCUUGGCACAAAGUGGAUUAUGACUCCAUGGUGAAGGCCCAUGAUGAUCCCGAUCCCCCAUGGAAGGAUCCGCCCCCCUUUGUUGAACACAUCCCGAUGAACUUGUCCAAAGCUGCAGAGUUCUUUCGACCAGAUGUUUUCCACACUUGCCACAAGGGUGUGGCAGCCGACGCAUGUGCAAAUGCGAUAGUGACUCUCAUUGAUUUCGGCUACUACCCCCAUGGCGUGUUUCAGGCCAAGCUCGAUAUUAUCUACAGCGAGGUGGUGGAAUUUUGCAAAACGUGCUGGUUCAAAGGAGCUGACACAACUAUCAUCAGCCUUUUCUUGGAACAGAAGCUCUCCAGCCUCAUGCCUACUUGUGAUCGAGAAUUUCGAAAGUACUUCCUGAAGAUCCUGGAAACGAUCUCAAGUAUGAACAAGUUUCUCAGCGGACUGUAUCAUGCUGAUGUUUGGUUGAGCCCUGAAGAAUGUGCGUCUGCAAUUGCAACUGGCCGAGCUUUCUUGGAUGGCUUCAGGUUUUGUGCAGACCACGCAUUCCUAGUCCUGAACUCAACGCGCUGGAAGUACCAACCCAAAUAUCAUUUGUUUGGGGAGAUUGUGUUUAAGUUGGAGCAGAGUCACCGUGCCAAAUGCCCUUGCCUAAAUCCUAUCAUAGAGUCGACGCAAGUCGACGAAGACUUUGUCGGGCGAAUCGCCCGUUUCUCAACUUCAGUUUCCAUCAGAAAAAUCAGCGAGCGUACUUUGAAGAAGUAUUUGCUAUCGCUGGCUGGCUAUUGGUAA